ACAAUCCUCCAAAUCAUCCCUGUGUGAAUCCUCGUAGCCAUCCAAGGGGGAACCUUAUCAUUAUUGCUGUGAAGGGGGUUUUUCCACCCCCACUUCUACUGGCCAAAUGCGUCGCAAUUUUUGGCCUAAAAGACAGUGCGGAGAAAGUUUUUGCGGGCUGGUGGUGUGGUGGCUAGGUGAUGAUAAAAUGCCCCCCGGGAAAAAAGUGCUAAUUGGAGUGUGAAUUCAUAAAUUUGUAAAUGACGGAGAAUCUUUAAGAUAUUUCUCAUCAGAAUAUUCUAUGUAUGCUAAUUAACCCGUCGUGCCUGCUUCAUCCCCCCAAAAAAGCUCUAUAUCAGGAUUCAUUUGAUUCUCGAAAAGUCCUGCAACAUAGAAAAACCUGGAAUGUACAAUGAGAUAAAAGGCAAUUUGAAGACACUGCCCUAUAGCUCAUUGAGGUGCGCAGAAGAAACAAAAAAAUGAAAGAAAACUGAUAUCAGGUUGAUAAGGUUUAUUGUCUCCACUAUCGGACUGCUAGCUAUCGUGGCGAGUAAUCUGUGACAAUGGCCAGGAAGAGUGUGAAGUGAUUUGAGAAGUUGUGGCAUUGUAUCAAAGGUGCAUGCGACUCUUUUUUUCCUUGCCAUUGACGGGGCUUCUGGAAGACAGAUCAUUAAAUUAGCAUCAACAUGGAUCGAUGGGAGUCUGUACAGAGAUGUUUUGUUGAGAAACUUCUCCCUCCCUGUGCACAGAGAAAUCCUCCUUCGCGACAAGAUUGAGGAAGGAAGAAAACAAAAUCUCCGGUGGUGUACCUCCGGGUAAGGAUGGCUCGAAAGUGACAACAGUGGUGGCAACACCCGGCCAAGGUCCCGAUAGACCCCAAGAAGUCUCCUACACUGAUACAAAAGUCAUAGGAAAUGGGAGUUUUGGUGUUGUUUUCCAAGCAAAACUCUGUGACACCGGCGAAUUGGUGGCCAUCAAGAAGGUGCUCCAGGACAAGAGAUUCAAAAACCGCGAAUUGCAAAUAAUGCGACGACUGGAACACUGCAACAUUGUCAAACUCAAAUACUUUUUCUACUCGAGUGGUGAAAAGGAAAAUUUUGCAACAGGGUGCUCUGAAAGCUGGGUAGAGAAGGAUGAGGUCUAUUUAAAUUUAGUAUUGGAGUACAUCCCCGAGACAGUCUACAAAGUGGCUCGUCAAUAUGCCAGAAAUAAGCAGACCAUACCAAUCAACUUUAUAAGGCUCUAUAUGUAUCAAUUAUUUAGGAGUCUUGCAUACAUACACUCGUUAGGUAUUUGUCAUCGUGAUAUUAAACCACAAAAUCUGUUGCUGGACCCUGAAACGGCUGUGCUGAAAUUGUGCGACUUCGGAAGUGCUAAGCAGUUAAUUCAAGGAGAGCCAAAUGUCUCAUACAUUUGCUCACGCUACUACCGUGCUCCAGAACUUAUUUUUGGAGCCAUAAACUACACUUCAAAAAUCGAUGUAUGGAGUGCUGGAUGUGUAUUGGCUGAGCUCCUCCUGGGACAACCAAUAUUCCCGGGUGAUUCGGGUGUUGAUCAAUUGGUGGAGAUUAUCAAGGUUCUUGGUACGCCGACACGAGAACAAAUUAGAGAAAUGAAUCCAAAUUAUACGGAAUUCAAGUUUCCACAAAUCAAAAGCCAUCCAUGGCAAAAGCCUGAAAACCCUGAAAACUCUGAAAACCCUGAAAACAGUGAAAUCAACACUCAUUGCUUAAACGACUUAACUUCGUUUCAGCUGUUACUUGAGAAAAUGCAGCUAAAUACACCUCCAUCCACUGAACGACAGUGCAAGAGAGUUUUCCGUGCUCGCACACCACCGGAGGCGAUUAGCUUAGUGUCGAAAUUACUGGAGUACACUCCAAGUGCCCGAAUUACGCCACUACAGGCGUGUGCGCAUCCAUUCUUCAGCGAUCUAAGGGAAUGCUACCAGCGACUCCCCAAUGGAAAUGAAUUGCCGCCACUAUUUAAUUUCACGGAGCACGAGCUGUCAAUUCAGCCAAGCUUAAAUGCGCAACUUCUGCAAAAUAGUGCUUCACAACAGCAAGGGCCAAUUGCGAAUGAUCACGCGGCCGUUGCAACGGGCUCAAGUCAAGUGGCUGGUACGUCGCUGCCACAGGGUGAGAGUCAGUCGAUAUCGCAACAUGUGGUGUCAUCAUCAACUGCCGGAGAUAUUUCUGCGGCAGUACCUGGAGCAGAUGCUGGGGCUUCAAGCCAAAUGGGUAUGGCAACGUCGACGACUUUGGGAUAAACUAUCUCUCUCUCUUCAUUUUCCCUUUUACUCACCCGCUCAAAUGUCCACGGAGAGACUUUUUCAUCCAUAUAUGAAAUGCAAAACAAAAUUCACCCAGCUUUUUCUCACACAACACUACUCAAGGGCUUUUGAGGAAGUAGAAGAGAAAGAAAAGAAGAAGAACGAAAUCCAAAUAAUUGCUAUUAUGUGACGAAAGAAAAUUUUUAUGAGAAUAUUUCUCUAUAAAUAAGUUUUUGGAGGGUUUUGAAAAGAAAAAUGUUUCAACUAAAGCUAAAAAAAAUGAGUUUUUUGGAUGGAAAAGUUGUGUGUGGCACAAAAAGUAAAGAAAAGUGAGCUGAAAUGACGAAGAAUAAUACAGGAGGAUUCUCUCUUUUAUUUCAACAAUUCCUUCAGUUCGCAAAAAAAGUGAAUACUAUUCUCCAUUUGAAUCCAGCUUGAGAGAGAGACAAAAAGAGCGCAAUACAAGUGGAGGUGAGUAGAAGAAAAGAGAAUUUAAAUCAAUAUAUUAAAACACACGAGUUAAAAAAAAGAAGAAAAAAAAAUUAAAAUAUAGAUGUAAUUCAGAUGAAAAAAAAUAUAUUUAGUUGAAAACGUGAGUAAUGUGUACGAUGUGUGAGAGUUGAGAAGAAAAUAUUCUUAGAGAAUAAUCACUGAUUAGAUGAAAGAAAAAAAAGUAAUAUAAUUUAAUCCUUAUUUUUCAUAUAAAAAAAACAUGAUAGAUCGUGGAUUAGUUUUUGUUUGUUUGUGGAAAAGGUAUGACACACAAAACAUUGCGAGAGGGCAAUGAAUUAUAUCUAAAAAAAAAUGAAUGGAAAUUAUGGACCCAUUGUAGUUGAUGAAAAAGGAGAAAAAAUGGAAAACUUAUUCGUAGCAGCUUCAAAAAAAAAAAGGUAAAAAAAUCAUCUCUUAAUGAUUUACUGAAGAUAGAAAAAUUAUUAAAAGAAAAUUAUAUAUAAAAUACACUAAAUUAAAUUACAAAAUGAUACAUAUUAUGGUAAAAAAUAUAUAUUAAUUGAACAUAAAAUGAAGGGAAAAAAACAAAUGAAAUGCGUGAAAAUACGUUGGAGUUAGCUUCAGUAAAAAAAAAGUGGUAAAAGAAAAUCAGAAGAUGAGAUGAUAAAAACACUGCGUGCUAAUAAACUGUAGUAAGUUUGUUGUUAUACUUGUACUAUUAUACUUAUUGAUGAUCAGAUAAAAUGAGAGUAAAAAAAGAAUCUAUAUAUAUAAUAUUUACGAAACGUAAUGCAAAAGAAAACGUGAAAGAUGUGGGUGUAAAUGUGGACAAAAUAGUACUUGAAAGGUUAUAAUAUUUAGUUAAAUUUCUUAAUUUUUUCCCUUUUUUAUUUUUUAUCCACCCAAGUUUUUUUUUAGACUUUGUAUGAGGUAAAAGAGUUUAACAAAAAAAAAUGAAAAAUACUGAAGAAUAAGAAAAAAAAAGAAUACUUUUAAGUCGGCGUAAUUCCUCUUGUCUUUGUUUUAGCAACAACAAAAAAUAUUAUAUAAAUAGAUAAAAUUUCAUUAUAAUAUUUAAAGAAAAAAAAAAGAAAAAUUAUUUGUAUAUUUGUUUAGUAAAUGAAUCAUAAUACAUCAUAAUCUCUCAAUUUAAAGAAGAAAAAUAAUAUUUGUAACACUGUAGUAGAGUGAGAGAAAGAAAGAGAAAAAACCACCCCCUGGUUUAGAAAAAAAAAGAACUUUUAAUAUCACGAUAGCAAAAGGAGGUGAUAAGAAUACAAUUUAAAAAAAAUAUCACUAAAAAAUUUUACCGUAAAAAUGCAAGAAAGUGCAGAAGCAACACAAAUUAUUAUUUCCUAAAAAAAACAAAAGUAAAUAAUGGAAGAUGGGGCAAUUAGAAAUAUUGGAAAAUAGGUAAAAGUUAGAACAUUGGUACAUCUCUGUUUUUUUUUCUUUCUCCACCAUCCAAAAUAAUCCCAUGCAAUUGUGCAGUCUGUUCAAUUAGAGUGUAAAAACAAAUUAAUUAAAUGCAUUAUUGUAUAAAAAUUUAAUUAAAAUUAAAUAAUAUUCAAAAUUA